AUGGAGAACUCAGAAUCGGAUGAGCCAGACAAGAAGCGGCCUCAUCUCGAUUCUCCUGUUUCGCCCGCCAUGUCUCGUAAUCACGCCAGUUCUCCGACCAAGAAUCAAACCGUUGAUGUUAUGGUUCUCCAUCACCAGAAUCAAAAGCUUGUUCAACAAUUGGAUGUCCAAAAGCGCGAAUUGCGUGAUCUAGAAGCCAAGAUUGCAGAACUGAAAGGUAAUCAGGCUUCAUAUGAUGAGAUUCUCAUCACAACAAAUCAAGUGUGGAAUCAGUUGGUCGACGAUUUGGUUCUACUUAGUGCACGAGCUGGUGGUGGCCCGAAUGUGCUACAAACUUUCGACGAUGCAGAUUAUUCUCGAGGUUCGGUCCCAUCUUGUCCUGCUGAGGAAGUGUUUCUUUGUAGACUUCUGGGGAAGGAUUCACUUCAAAACCGUCAAAAUGAUGGAAUUGCUGAAUAUACCAAUGAAAUGCUUGCUUCACGCCUUUCCUCCAGUAUAGGGUUGAUGGAGUCUUUGGAAUCCAUUAUUGAUACUCAGAGGACGGAGACUGUGAGCAUAAGACAGGCUUUUGAAGGAAAGCUAUCUGCAGAAGAUGCCAUCAUUCAGUUGUCGAGGCUUGAUGAUAUGAUGAGAGAAGAAGCACGGAAUCUGCAGGAGGUGAUUGAUAUUCUCCAUGUAAAGCAUAAAGAAUACAUGGAGGGAAUUGAGAACUACACAAGCAUGCAUUCAACAGAACAAUCUGAAAUUUCACGCCUUGCAGGUGAGCUGGAAGAAUGUAUGGUUGAACUAGAAGACAGCAGAAGAAAGUUGAUCAAUCUGGAGAUGCAAAAAGAUACUGAUGCUGAAAUGCAUGGUCCAGUUCCAAGUGCUGCAAAUGGAAGCAUGUCCCCAGAGAAGUCUUCUGAUAGAUCUAAGGGAUUGCGAGAGUUGCGAGAUUCCAUAGAGGAAAUUAAGUUGCUAGCUGCUGCCCGUCUUUCUGAGCUUCAAGAUGCACAAGAAGAAAAUCAGAUCUUAUCAAAAGAUUUGGAAGUUCUUCAGAAUGACCUGAAGGAUGAUAAACAUAUCUACUCAUCUCGUCUCUACAACUUAGUGAACGAUCAGCUUCAACACUGGAAUGCUGAGGUGGAGCGGUAUAAAGUUCUGCUUGAGGCUUUGCAGGCUGAUAGGUCUUCAAUUGUCAGAAGGGAGAAGGAAGUAAGUAUAAAAUUGGAGUCAGUUGACUUUGCCAGGAAUUCAAUAGCCAGUGACAAUUCUGGAAUUGAAGAGCUCGAAGCUCAGCUGCAGAAGUGUAAGAUUGAAAAGAAUGAUCUUGAGAUUAAAGCGGAGGAAGCUGUCCAAGAUUCUGGGAGGAAGGAUAUUAAAGCAGAGUUCCGUGUUAUGGCCUCUGCAUUAUCCAAGGAAAUGAGUAUGAUGGAAGUUCAAUUGAAUCGAUGGAAGCAAACAGCAGAUGAAGCGCUUGCUUUGCAAGAAAAAUCCCGAUCAUUGAAAGCUUUGUUGAUUGAAAAGACGAAUGAACAAGACAGCUUGGCAGGAAAGUGUGCUGAACAAGUGAUAGAAAUAAAAACAUUGAAGACUCAGGUUGAAAGUUUGCAGAAGGAGAAACUGGAGCUGCAGACGAUAUUGGAUAUGUAUGGGCAGGAAGGCUCUAAUAAUAGAGACAUCAACGAAAUCAAAGAAUCCACACGGAGGGCUCUUUCUCAAGUUGAAGCCUUAAGGAGUGCCUUAGAUGAACAUCCUCUUCAGUUGAGAGUUAAAGCGGCUAAUGAGGCUGAGAUGGCGUGCCAACAAAGACUUACUGCUGCUGAAGCUGAAAUUUCGGAAUUAAGGGCCAAAUUGGAUGCUUCUAAAAGAGAUGUAAUGGAGCUCAAUGAAGCAAUUGCUAUCAAAGAGAAGGAUGCUGAGGCAUUUAUUUCUGAAAUUGAGACUGUUGGUCAAGCCUAUGAAGAUAUGCAGACGCAGAACCAGCAUCUACUGCAACAAGUUACUGAAAGAGAUGACUACAAUAUCAAGCUCGUUUCUGAUAGUGUGAAGACAAAGCAGGCCCACAGCAUUUUGGUAGCUGAGAAACAGGCCCUGACAAAGCAACUUCAACAGUUAAAUGCAUCAAUAGAACAAGUGAAAACGAGGAUCGCCCAUAGUGAGGAACAAAUGAAAACAUGUUUUGCUGAUGCAAUCCGGUAUACUGAAGAAGAAAGACAUCUAGCAGUCACUCUCGAGAUGGCUCGGUGGGAACUAACAGAUGCUGAGAAGGAACAGAAAUGGAUCAAAUAUGCUAUUGCUUCUUCUGAAAAGGAAUAUGAGCAGAUCCAAAAGAAGUCGGAUGAAGUAAGAACAGAGCUGGAGAAUGAAAGAUAUGAGAGGCAGAAAGUGGAGGAAGAGCUGUUGGAGCUGAACAAUCAGAUCGCCGAGUUGAUUUCAGAGACCAGUGAAGCUGCUAUAGAAAGACUCCAGGAUGAAAUUAAUGACUGCAAAAGGAUUCUCAAGUGCAGUGUAUGCUCGGAUCGGCCCAAGGAAGUUGUGAUCGUGAAAUGUUAUCACCUGUUCUGCAAUCCGUGCAUCCAAAGAAAUCUGGAGUUACGGCAUCGUAAGUGCCCUGGGUGUGGAACAGCCUUCGGUCAGAGCGACGUACGGUUCGUAAAGAUAUGA